CCUGCCGCUUCGGCCUGCUCGCCAGCCUGCUCUCGCUGAUGCUGGCCGCCGCGCACGCCUGGCGCGCGCUCUUCUUCCUCUGCAAGGGACUCGAGGGUUCCUUCUUCUACGCCUUCCUGAACCUCCUGGUCAGCGCCUUCGUGGUCUUCCUCGUCUUCAUCGCCAGCACCAUCGUGAGCGUGGGCUUCAGCAUGUGGUGUGUCGCCAUCACAGAGAAGGGCACCCUGGCCCGCUUCGGCCUCUGGGCCUCGUGGCUGGCCUGGCUGGCCAUCACCACUCUGGCCUUCCUGCGAGUGUACCACAGCCACCGCCAGGAGGACCUGCUGGACAGCCUGACCCACGAGAAGGAGCUGCUGCUGGCCCGACCCGGCGCCCGCGCCUCCUUCCAGGAGGAGAAGAGCGCCGUCAUUUAGGUGUGGCCGUGGGCGGCCAGGAGCCCAGUCCCGGGCCCAGCUCAGGCCCAGCCCCACCCCUAGCCCCAGUCUGGUGCAUAGGCCCGCUGUCCCUGCCUGGCCGCCAGCUGCCUGCAUGUGCCCCCUUGGCUCUGUGUGCCAGCUGGGUGGCUGUGGCCGAGACUGGGAGGGACACCUCUGGUGUGCAAGGCCCAUGCUGUCCCCAGGGGCACUUAGCCGUCUAGACCCAAGGGCCCAAGGGUGGGAGGAGCUCAAGGUCGUCCCCAGCCUCUGUCCCCUGGGCUGCCCCUUCCCCAGCUGUACCCCCACCAGGUGGCCAACCCUGGUCUCGGGCAGUGGUAUGGGCCUGGCAUGGGGGUAGCCGGGUGCCCCCAGCAGCAGUCCUCCCCUCGGGCUGCAGGACUUGCCUGGGGGAACCCUGUCAAGCCCAGUCAGAGGAGCCCCGAGGCCCUCACGUCUGACUCACUGCUCUGGGCUUGGCCUGUCCCUGGCAGGACCAGUGAGGGGGAGGGGAGAUUGCCACCCGCAGGAUGGGCUGGCCACCGCAGGUGCCUGUGCAUGUGUCACACCUACAGGAGGUCAUGGCUGCAUGUGGGUGUGCACGUGAGGGUGUAAAUGUGUGCACCUCUGCGGGAAUGCACGUGUGCAUGUGCGAGAUGAGGGCGUGUGUGCAGAAGGGUGUGCGUGCGAGUGUGGGAGUGAGCUUGCGAGCGUGUGCCUGACGGGAAGCGGGAGCACGGAGGACCCCGUGUGCCCAGUGUCCCAGGCCCCACAAGGAGGCUGCUGUGUCGGUAGCAGACUGCCCUCAGCUCAUGCCUUGGCUCAGUGCGUGGGGGCGGGGGCUGGGGGCUCGCCCUCGGAGAGCCCAGGUGUGUCUCGCCUUGGGUUCCCCCCGCAGCCUCACAGCACGCUGCUCCCGGCCCUUGCUGGGCAGGCACCGCACCUCCCACCCCACGGCUUCCCAGCCCAUUCUCUCUGUGGCGCCCCCAGGCAGGUGGCCCCCCUCCCCACAGAGGCCGCUCCCCCAGGCAGGCUGCCCGCCUCCUGGUCCCUGUGGCCCUCUCCUGAGCUGGGUCUCCUGGGCCAGUGUGAGCUCCGCAGAGCAGGGCCUGGGCCUGGGCCUGGGCUGAGGGGCCGGGUGUGGUGGUCAGCCUGGGUCCCAGGAAGCAAGGCCAAGUCCAGGGGGCGAGGGUCCUGACUCUGGGGAUCUGGUCCAGGCCAGGCUGAGGGCACGUGCAGGGCAGCCAGUCCUCAGGUCCCGGAGUUGUCUGGAAUCCCCUCCUGGCCCUCUUGCCAGCCCUGACCGACCGGAUGGGCCCCUCCCACCUGACAGCUCCUGUCUGUCUUCCCAGCAGGAGGUGGGAUGGCCCCUGCCUGGCCCUGGCCCUGGCCCUGGCCCUGGCCCUGGCCCUCGCCCUCCGUUUAUGCCCACCCUAGGCUGUGACCAUCUGGAACCCAGGAGGCACAGGGGCUGGGCACAGCUCUCAGGAGCUCAAAGGUUGGCCCAGGUUUGGGUCUGCCCUUGGCAGCAGCUGCUGCUGGACCCCGGGAGUGGUCUGGGACAGGCCCUGGGCAGGGCUGGCAGAGGCCCGCCUCCAUGUGGAUACCUGGCUGCCACUGUGCAGGGACCCUGGGCGUGUGGGUGGAGCUGCUGGCCCUGGCUGUCCCAGAGCGACCACGAGAGCCCCAUGGUGCCCUGGCUUGUCCCUGCUCUGAGAAGGGGUGUCCUCGUCCCAGUCCUGCGUCUGGCUAGCCCGGCAGCGAGGGUCCGUAAAUUAACAUGUACAUGUUUAUUUCUCAAAGUCAAUAAACACGGGACUCCAGAUCUCCA